UAAACGCAUCACACUACAAGCAGUCACUUCAAGACACCGCAUCCGCGAGGAUGCAGGCCGUCGUUAUUGUUGCUGGCGUUUUGGUGGGUCUGGGUGCAGCUGAAAAUGGGUGGCGUGUCAAACAGGAGUAUGCGUUCUCCAUCGAGGGCCGCAGCCUGGUCGGCAUUCCACGCCUUAAACAUCAAUACUCGGGAAUCCACUUCAGGGGAAACCUGCUCGUGCAAAAUCAACAAGCCUCUGUCCUUGUCAUGACCCUGAAAGACAUGAAUUUCACUAAAAUUCACGCCAAUAUGGAAAAAGGAUGGUGGCAUCCGAUCCCUGACACUGAAGAUGAACUUAAGCGCUUCCAAGAUUUGCCAAUAUCGGGCAAGCCUUUCGCUGUCCGUCUCGAGCACGGGAAGGUAGCAAGGUUGGUGGUGAAUAGCCGCAUUCCAGCCUGGGAGAUGAAUUUCCUCCAGUCAAUUGUUGCGCAUCUCCAACAGAGCAAGGGUGACAAUAUAAAGACCAGAGAAGAUGAAGACACUUACUCCGUCAUGGAGGAUUCGGUUGUCGGCCGAUGUGAGGUAAUGUACGAAUUCAGUCCCUUGGCGCGCGCCCUCGUUGUCAGGGCCAAUCCUCAGUGGCUCCAAAUUUGCGGGCGAACUAAAAACUUCAUUGAAGUCACCAAAACAUGGAAUUACAGUAACUGCGAAACCCUUGCCCAAUCAAAUUUUGGCGUGUCAAAAAUAAAAAACUGCAUCCCGGGCAGCAAUCAGUGUGGAGAUUUUUGGAAGAGAUCAUCGCUGACUCGAGUCAUUGGCUGUGGUUCCAAAUCAGAUAUGAUCCGCCUGACCGCCAUUUCAAACUCUCAAAUCGCGGCGUCCCUAAAGCUGCAACCGGACGACGAAGACCUUUCACGUCCGAGCAGUCAGGCGUUGAUCGGCUCCUAUCUGAACCUGACCCUGCUCACGGUGCAACCAUACUCAACGUCGAGACGCAUCCAACCACCCAGCAACCCUGUUGCCAUGGACAGAAUCAAGUACCACCACGAAUUUGACUUCGAGGGCGCCGACGAAACGGCUGAGCGCCUUCGCAUGCCGCGUUCCACCAGACACGGAAGAAAGCACCAUGGCGAGGAGACCCCUGAGGACACGGAGAAUAAAAGCGUCGAGUGGAGCACCUUCAAACCUUCCACAGGAGACUCCUCUUCUGAAGAAGACAGCUCCUCGUCCUCCUUGAAAUUACCAAGACAUCCCAAGCAUGAAGAGGGAAAAGACAAAAGUGAAAAGCUGGAUUUAGAGCUUCCACCGCAGCUUCCGUUCUCGCCUUUCGCCCUGGCACACCUGGACGAGAAGGCGCGGGCCUGCUUGGUGCAGCAGUUCAAAGAGAUGGUGCAGGAGGUUAUCAAGAGCCUGGGCCCGCACUCCGCCGAGCUGGAGAACAUCGAGAAGAUCCAGUUGACCGUUCAAAUGUGCCGCAGCAUGACCUACGCUGACCUCACUACAGCCGUCAACACAGUGAUUGAGGACAGGGGUGACAGAACUGCGCUUGAAACCAGACGCAAACUGCUGAGGGACAUCAUCGUGACGUGUGGAACCAACCCUUCCUUCCUGGUUUUGAAAAGGUGGAUUGACACAGGUGCUCUCAAAGGAGAAGAGGCAGCGCAAGCAAUUUCGGCUGUGCCGUCAUAUCUAAUUGAGCCAAGCAAAGAAUUGGUCAAAGUAUUCUUUGAAAUGGUCCGUGGCCAAGCCAAUUCACAUGAUUCCAGUGUCAAGAUUGCGACUGUGAUUACUUUUUCGCAUCUGCUACGAAUCACACACGUUUCUCAGACUCGCAGACCUGGGCCCGAGGCGAAUGUUUACCUCAACUACCUUGGCGACAAGGCCAAAAAAUUGAUAAGUCUUCGCACUGUGUACAUGACGGCCAUCGGCAACGCAGGAUUCUCUGAAUCUCUGCCCCUGCUGGCUUCCUUUGCCGAGGACAAGGAAAACACGCCGUACCAACGAGUGAGUGCGAUAAUCGCGAUGAAACACGUGGCUCUCGUAGACCCAAAGGAAACGAGCAAGAUUCUGCUCAGACUGUACCAUGCCACUACCUUGCCCAACAGUGUGCGAGUCGCUGCAGUUUCCAUGCUCAUGUACUGCAAAAUUCCACUCAACGUGUGGCAAAGAAUCGCGAUCAGCACUUGGUACGAGCCCAGCAUGUCCGUCAAAACGUUUGUCUGCAGCUCGAUUUGCAGCAUUGCUUCCAUGAAGGACCCUGUUUACCAAAAAAUGGCUAAGCACGCCGCCGCAGUAAAGCACCUCGUCAAGCAGGUCCCACUAGUUCCUUUUCGUCCUCACAACUUGGUCCGCUCCACUGUCUCAAAGGACAUGACUGAAGUCAUUUCCGAACAAAUAAGCUGGAGCCUUGACCCGAUGGCUUCGUAUUUCUACUUCCGUGAUAUGCACAGACUUGGAGGCGUUUCUAUGCUCAAAUUUGAAAGUGAUUUUUGGCUUACUGAUGUGGAUGGGAUGCUGUUAUCAAUUCAAUAUUUCCUUUUCCCACCGAAAAACGUUGAAAAGUCACGUCCUCCAAUACCAAAUCUUGCCUUGAACACCACGUGGAUUGAAUCGGCUCUGAAUAUUGUGGAGAAAUCUUUCGCUCCUCUCGAAGGCCACUUGUCUUUCAAACUGGGGAACCUGCACCAACGUUUCCUUCCAUUCGACGUAAAAGCCAUUGAAGAAGGGUUAAAGAAGUACUUGGGUGACUAUGACUUUGGCAGAGAAAUACUGCACCAAAAACUUGGCCAUCACACUAUGUGGAUUUCAACGGCGACAGAAGUCGGUUUCCCUGCAGAAUUUAAAAUCGAAAUUCCGUGGAUGUUCCGCGCAAAGUGUCAAACCGCACUGCACCAGGAUCGGGGCACCAUUGCUACCCACGCCAGUGCUAUGAUUUCGACCGAGAUGAUCUCCGAGGUGAGCAUUUUUACUCCGUACGACUGCAUCCGUUACGUCGCGGGAAUCAGCUCGUUCUCCACAGUCCAAUUGCCGGCCACGAACAUAUUCGUUCACAAGCAACAAGGGAUGAAAAUGAAUCUGACCAUCGCGUUUGCUGAUCCAGAGAGUGAAAAUCCGAUUUUCUCUCAAAAUUCCACACCAUACACAGCUCAACAAGACAUGCUUCACCUCGCGGCAUUCAGCCUUAGCAAUGUGGUUGCUAGAAUCAAAAUUGCAGAGGAAAUUAAGAGCAAAUCUGUGGCUGGAUCGACUGGCAGCUUCAGACUAAGAUACACGAGCGAAGCUCCAAACCACCGAUGGGCACCAGAGCCGCACUGGUUCCUAUCCUACCCGUCUCUGUGGCGCGGACUUGAAGCUUCCAAUCUCGAGGUUUGGGCGAGCAAGCUGCCACCGAUUACUCUGCAACUCUCGCUGCGAAACGCGAAGAUUCAAAAUGGAGAAGUAGAAUUAAUUGACGACAAUGUAGACGAGGAAGUUUCAGAUGAAAAUGCACCACCCACAGCUACAGAAAGUCCGGAUUCCAAAGAAAAUCUACUGAAUGGCAUGCAACGGAUUGAUCGAAUUCGCGUCAAAAUCUUAUCCGCGAACGUUAUGGAUCCUGCGGGAACGUUCAACGCUUCUCAAAUAAAUCUGUUUAGCCUCGCGAAUUUCACCGCAAGACAAGAAUUCCUACUGAAAAAUGUGCUCUGUGUUAUGGAAAGUGGUCAUUCGACCGUCAUCAGUGCUGCCGUCACCGUAAAUUUCUCUGACGUGCCUCAGUAUCAGUUAUUUUUCGUGACGGGCCAAGGUCGAGCACUGAACUAUCACCGGCUCGGCGCAUUUUUUAUUGACAACGUCGAAAAAUUUCAAUCUGGAAUUUCUGGCGUGCUCUCCUCUCCCAGCGCUCCGCUUUUGAAGUUGAGAUCUAUGCUAGAAACUAAACUCAAUGCCACACUGCUGGCUGACAUGAGAAUUACAAACAGAAAGGACGUUGACGACGUGAUUUCUCUGAAGGGGGUCGUAACUCGGAGUGACGAGCAAAAACAACACAUUUUGAAACACACUCACAGCCGCGAGUGCCUGCGAUCCGGCUCACUCGUCCAGCCAGAAUGUUUCCAUCUUCUACAGGAGGCCGCUUUCCUCGAUCACUACGAUGUAUCCAUCAACUACAACGACGGCGCAAGGAGACACGGGCUGUCGGCGCAACACUAUCUGAGCAUCGCCAAACACAUUCUCUUCCCUCACAUGUCCGGCGAGGACUUUUCCCCCGACGUCAUUCCUGCCGAAGCCCCCGCUAGACAAAUCAGAGUGAUCGCAGAGGUGCACCCUGAGGCGCAGGCGGCGUCGCUCUGGAUGCGAACACCCACUGAGGAAAUCGAAUUCAACAACAUCCCCCUGCACUCGAUGCUACAGCAGGCGCUUCGCAUCAAUCCGCUCAUGCCACUCUCGUCUAGGUUUCAAGACUCUUCGUUCUGCAGCUUAGAGGAUGGGAAUUUUGUCACCUUUGACAGCUACAGGUUCAACUACCACCUGAGCAGUGAUUGGCACGUUCUAACCAAGGACUGCUCUGGUCGCUCCAAUUUUGUUGUUCUCGCCCGAACCAUCCCUAACCGUACUGAAAUCUUGGUGAACGUGGAAGACUACAAGACGAUCCACUUUAUGCCAGGUGCAGCACUGGUUGACGGCGUUGGCAUCAACCUCAACAGGGAGCAGCUAGCGGAAAACCUCGACCUCGCCAACAGGCAGGUUUUCGAGUUCACAUACAACGAGCGUGCUUUCGACCUGCGUCUGCCGCAACAUGGCCUCACCGUCAUGUACGACCAGGCAGCCAUCAUGAUUCAGCCAUCUGCCCUGCUCCGAAAUCGACUUUGUGGAAUCUGCGGCAACUAUAACGGGCAAAUAGAAGACGAUUUCAGCUCUCCUAGAGGGAUAGUCAUGCAAGGCGCCGACGAGUUUGGUCAGUCGUGGCGCUUGCCACCAAAUUAAUCAAUUUAAGCCGUUUUAUAAUAAAUCUGGGUUUGUUUUUCAU